CAGCGAAAUUUGAUUGAUUUGAUUGUCAGCAUUUUGAGUCAAGAAAUUAAAACAAAAUAAGAAAUGUCGAUACCACAACAACAUUUUCACUUUUUUCCUCUCAUGAUCCCACAACGGAAAACACCCUCGUCAGAGUGUCUCAAAUAUCAACUUCAGCCCAAUAGCUAAUACAUGAAUGCAGUAGGUUUGACUCUGAGGUCACUGCAGCUAUUUCUGAAAUAAGUUUAAUCAAAAGAACACCUGGUUGACAGGCGGUGAGGAUCGAAUUACCCUGGCUAGCUAGGAUGAUAUUUCAAAGGAUGAGGAGGAGGCAGAGGCAACGGCAACACUUCUACCAGGAACAGGGUUGACUUUUCAAACGUCGUCGUGGUGUGACGUCGAUUAGUAUGCCAUUGCCGCCAGAGGAGGAGGCCGACACCACUUGUCCGUCGUGUAUCGGGGGUUUUGCUACUCGGACUAUGGGUAACGGGGCGAGCGUCACGCCCCAGAAAACAGACCCUGAUCAUCAACAUUCUACUGACAAUACUGAAGUAAUCAAGCUUAAAAGCCAGGUAAUUGAUCUACAGAAACAGGUAAGGGGUUACGAGGAACAAUUAAAGUUAUACGCAGCAGAAAUCAGAAAUAGGAACUCGGUAAUCGAUGACAAGGGUUAUGAGAUAUCACGACUUCGCGAGGAAGUCAACAAACUAAAAUCAGUCUUAAAACUAACCACCGAAAGCAAAGAUGGAAUUCCGGAUAUAUUAUCAACGAUUCACGAGGAAAGUGGCAUGGCAGGGUCGGGCACCACAAAGGAUCGUAAUAAAAAGCAGGGUGUUUCUGGUGAGAGUGGCGAUCAUCAUUUAACUGCCAAGCCCGUGGAACUGACCCGUUAUCCAAAGGAUUUUAGAUCUGAAUGGAUAAGAAUACGAAACCAUGUAGUUUGCCUAUUGUUUGCACGUCAUCGGUAGUCUGCAUAAGAAUCUUCAAAAUACUCUACUGUAAUUCUAU